AUGAGUUCAGAUGAACAUUUGGAUCAUUUACAGGAAGACAAAGAUGACGAUAUAGUAGCAGGCUCUCCGGAAGGAUCUCAGAAACAGGAUUCGGAGGCGCCUGAGGUAGCCGAAGAAGGUGCUAAACCCGAAACUGGUGCUUCUGAAGACAGUAGCGAUGUUGAUAUGGAGGGAGACAAUUUACCAGAUGUGGCUAAACCCGAUGACGAUGAAAUUAGCGACAAGGACACAGGAAACCACGAUACUGAGAAUUCGGUUGCAAAGGAGUCGGAGGUAAAGGAAGAAGACGAGCCGCGAGAAGACCAGAACGGUUCUGACGCACCGAGUAAAGAUGAUUCUAUGGAUGUAGAUGAAAGUCCGGAUGACAAGCAACCGCAAGAAGGUUCCGACAAAGAGGAGAUACAGAAUGAUAAAUCUGAAGAAGAUGGAUCCGACAAAGAGGAAAUACAGAAUGACGAAUCUGAAAAAGAAAAAUCCGAAGCAAUCCAAGACAUAGAAGCCAGUCAAGAUGUAGAAGGGAAGGUGAAGGAUGAAGCUGACGAUGAAGAAGAGAAAAGGGACAAACAAGAUGAAGAGAAAAAGGAUGAACAAUACAAAGAUGAAGACGUAGACAAUAAGGAUGAAGAUAAGGAUGAUGAACGCGAUGAUGAAGGCGAUGAUGAUGAGGACGAUGAUGACAAAAUUAAAGAUGCCGAAAAUCAAACCCCAAUCAACCAGACACAUGCUAUAAUAUUACCGUCGUACUGUAGCUGGUUCAAUAUGAGCAAAAUUCAUAAGAUUGAGAAGGAAUCCUUACCAGAAUUCUUUGAUACUACCCACCCAUCAAAAUCUCCAAAAAUUUAUAUUAAUUACCGUAAUUUCAUGAUAAAUUCAUAUAGGUUGAACCCAAAUGAGUAUCUUACUUUGACAUCGUGUCGUCGUAACUUGGUUGGCGAUGUCGGAACACUCAUGAGAGUUCAUAGAUUUUUGAAUAAAUGGGGGUUAAUAAAUUACCAAGUUAAUCCUAAUUUCAAGCCAGGUUAUGCGCUUGAAAAAUUACCAAAUGGUUCCCAGAUUGGUUUACCAUAUACUGGUAAUUUCCAUGUUACAUACGAUACUCCAAGAGGAUUAUUCCCAUUCGAAACCCACAAAUUCAAUGAAGACCGUGUUGAUGUUUCAAAACUAAAGAAACUAUUGAACAUUGAACAAGUUUCAGAUCAACCUAUAAAUAAUAAGAUGUCUAGCGAUGCCAAAAAUGUCGAUGAUUUAGACACAGAUUUGUCUGAACCACCACUGAAGAGACAUAAGUCUACUAAUGAUGGCUGGACUGAUAAAGAAAUCUCAAAAUUGAUCUUAGGCGUAAAAGAUUUUCCCAAUGAUUGGUAUAAGAUUUCUAAAAAUGUAUCAACUAAAACUCCGCAAGAAUGUAUUCUUAAAUUCCUUAAAUUACCAAUUGAAGAUAAUUUUAAUAAUCUAACUGAUAAGGAGUUAGGCUUUUUGAAAUAUUCGUCUAACUUUCCAACCAGUUCAAUUGAUAACCCUGUUAUCAGUAAUUUGGCAUUUAUGACUCAAUUAGUCGAUAGUGAUGUAGCUAGGGCCGCAAGUGAAAGGGCUUGUAAAGUUAUGGACACCAAGGCGUUAGAAAAAAUUAGAGAAGUAUAUGGUGAAGCAGAUCAAACGAAGGCUGACAAUUUAAAACAAAAUGAAAAGAAACCUGAAGAAUCAGAAAUACACAAAGGUCUUGGUGAUGAUUUAGAAAAUAAACAAGAUAGUGAGAGUAAAUUUUCACCAAAGAAGGAUACCGAUACAGAAAUGAGUAUUGAUGAUGAUCAAAAAGAUGAGAAAAAGUCUACUUCUGGUGAUAAUAAACAUGAUGAAGAAGUAAAAUCCAAUGGUACUAAUGAGCAAAAUGGAAAUGUUGACGGCAUAUCACCAAAACAUCAAGCUGAAGUUGAUUUGAUAGGUGAAUAUAAAGACGAAAAGACUGAUCCUCUUGAGAUUAUUAAAGAUGCAUCAUCUAAUACGUUUGGAAUUGUAGGAGCAAGAAGUCAUUUGUUCGCCAAUUAUGAAGAACGAGAAUUAAAUAAAUUAACGAAUACAAUAGUUAAUAAUCAAAUUUCCAAACUUGACUUGAAAUUGAAGAAGGUAGAUGAAUUGGAGAAAAUAUACGAGAAAGAAAGAAAGCAUUUGGCCAAACAACAAGAAGAAGUUUUCAUUGAUCGUUUGGCAUUAACCAAAUCGACUAUCCAUAUUACCAAGAAACUAAAUGAUGCUAUUUCCAUGAUUCAACAUAAGACUGAAGAUAUAAGUGAAUUAGGCGACGUUUCUAAUAUCUUAUCAGAGGUCCAAUCACUCCUUUACAAACCAAAUAGACAUUCUUUGAUUCUGAAUGCAGUUGAGAAACAAUCAAACGAUUCAACUGAUAAGUCGAACAAUGUUUCCAAUGAAGAUACCGAGAAGGGCAAUAUAAAUAGUAAUAGUUCUGCCGCUAAUAAGGAAAACAAUGUUGUCAAGCCAUUAUCUUUAGAUACGCCACUGUCAUUCAAAGUUUGGGUUCCAUAA